UUUAUACCGAGGUCGGUGCACGUCACAAAGUUAUUAUCUUUGAAUAGUGCAAAAUUUGUAGUUGUGCGAUUCCUGUCGAUUCGGUGUGAAUAAAGUGAAACUGCACAGAUUCACUUCCAGCAGGAUCUUAGAGUAUAGUUGGCAGGAUCUAGGACCUAAACUUCUUAGACCCGGAAAGCGUGUUUUAUGUGCGCCGCUUCCUCGCGAGUGAACUUCGUGCAGUGUUUUGUGAUUACGCUCGGAACUGGCGGUGUUUCGACGUACGGCUCGGACGGACCGUACGACAGGUUAUGUCAGCUGGAUUAGCAGGUGCUGUUUCAGAUCAGCGGAUGAAAGGACAAGCUAACAGUCAGGUAAGCAAUGGUCCCAAGGAGCAUCGGCAGCAGCAACAGCAAGGGGAACAUGGGGGCACAGAGGACACUGGGUUUGAUUCCUGGCGAGGUAGCAACAGCACUCCGCAUCACUCCAGCUAUCCUAUCGGCACAGGAGAUCCUUACAGUCAGUACUACGCGGGCACAUCCUUCCCGUACCAAACCUUUGGCGCUGGCGAUGGUACUUGGUCAAAUGGCACUGAUCCAGUAGCGUUUCUCUCUGGUUACGGAGGGCAAAUAAGCCACGAUGCUUACGGAAUGGACGGUAUGUUUUCCGCUAGUGCUGGCGGAGGCUUCGGCACCUUUGGUCAGCCAGCAUUUAACUACUUUCAUGGCAAUGGUGACUUUAGUGCCUGGGGAACUCCCAGAAAGGCGCGCUACGAGGAUUACUACCAGCAGCCGGCGCGCGGUAGCGAAAACUACCAGUCUUCGAGCGGAGGUGAGAUAAAAGCGAUCGAGCAAAGUGUCCAGGGUCUCUCCAUUAGCGGGGAAGUUCCUAGACAAGAUCAGCCAAUUCCUGCUAGCCAGCCAAAGCCGGAACCCAAGGAACCUAGGAAAAUAACCUGGGCCAGUGUUGCCAGUCAGCCAGCCAAACCAGUGCCGCCUCUCUCUGCCACUACAGGAAUGAAGAAGAAAGCUGGGAUGCCUCCACCUCCCAUUGUGCCCGGAAAACACAACAUGGACAUCGGCACCUGGGGAGAGGGCAAAUCUUCCAUUCCACCGCCGAAGGCUCCACCUCCGCCCCAAGUGCAGCCUCCACUGCCAUCGCCACAGCCUCCGGUUCAGAGGCAGAGAACGCAUCAUCCCAGCACUCCCGUUUGGAAUCGACAACCCACGUCUCCUCCACCACAGCCCCAACCGCAGAUCCAGAUGCCACCUCAACAUCAGCCACAGCCUACGUCUCAGCAUCUACAUCAGCCGCAGCAUCAUCAGUCGCCUCCUUCUCAACCACCACCGCAACAGCCACACCAUCAACAACAUUCACAGCAACAACCUCUUCAGUCACCACCCCAACAGGUGGCCGCCCCGGUUCUCCCGCACCCAGUUUUGGACGAGCUCAAGGUGAAGAAUGAAUACAAUCCAGUGGAUCUGGAGGAAAUGGCGCCGGGAUCCCGAUUUUUUGUGAUCAAGUCAUAUUCGGAAGACGACAUUCACAGGUCUAUCAAGUAUGAGAUUUGGUGUAGCACAGAGCAUGGAAAUAAGAGGCUGGAUCAGGCCUUCAGGGAGGCAAGUCGUGAUGGUGCGCCGCUUUAUUUGUUUUUCUCUGUUAACGGUUCUGGACAUUUUUGCGGAAUGGCGCAAAUGGUUUCGUCUGUUGAUUAUCAGAGCAACAGCUCGGUAUGGUCACAGGACAAGUGGAAGGGCCAGUUUCGCGUGCGUUGGAUUUAUGUGAAGGACGUUCCUAAUGUGCAGUUGCGCCAUAUUAGGUUAGAGAACAAUGAGAAUAAGCCAGUAACCAAUUCGAGGGAUGCGCAGGAAGUUCCGCACGCGAAGGGUAUACAUGUUCUUAGAAUCUUGCAUACAUACCGUCAUUCUACGAGUAUCUUCGACGACUUUGGUCAUUAUGAGCGCAGACAGGCGGAAGAGGAUCAACGCAAGGUGCCGGUUAAUCCGAUGCCUCAUCAUCAUCAGCCGCCGAAUCACAGAAGCAGAGGUCACUCGAGUGAUUUACCGAGGGAGCAUCAUCAGUAUCAACAGCAUGGUCAUCCACCGCAUCCGCAUCCACGAGAUCAGCGUGAUCAACGUGAUCAGCGCGAUCAACGUGAUCAGCGUGAUCAACGGGGUCAGCGUGAUGAGCGUGAUCAUCGUGAUCAACGUGAUCAGCGUAAAGAGCGUGAUAGUCGCGGCAGAGGCAGAGGGGGUCCCCGCCAGUAGCAACGGAUCCCAGCAGAGUUUGACAUUGUGGCUAAUAGUAAACGGCAACGAGGAAGAACGCUGCGACUAAUUAUCAAUUUAUUACUUAUUCCUUCGCUUGACUCCCGGAAUUACGAGAGGUUUCUACUCGCCGUGAUUGGACCUUCGUUGUCCACGCUACUCCCUUUCGCUAAACGAUUAAUCCGUACGAUAAUUAGCGUCGCCAAAAAUUUGGUAAACACUAUCUAUAAUCAUAAUCACUACGAAAAACAUGACUUGAAUUACACGAGGGUCAACGGGAAACCUGAGACAGUACCGAGCGAAAAGUGUAGUGUUAACGUGCUACUCUGCGUCGAACUGUGUUUGAUAAACGUACAAAUUAAAAACGGAGAGAAAAUUAGAAAGGAUUGUGGGAGAAGCUGCAGGGAACAUCAUCGGAACAAAGAAGAAAAACUCCAUGUGGACUUACUCUUGUAAAAUGCUUGACCGUACUUUUGUUGAAACUGAAGAAAUUCUAUGCAAGAGCGAUAUUAUAAAGCAAGUGUCGUCGUCGUUUGAAUUGAUCACUGUUUGAAACUUCAAUGGACAUUUAAUCUGGUGCCUGCGAUCGAACUGCAAUUCUCGAUUAAAAAAAGGUGCAGGGACUUAUCAUAAUCUUAUACGUUUAUUACGGAGGGAACUAUACUCGUUUGAUGAAUAAUAACAGAAAUUAUUGUCGACCCGUUAUUUUUAACCAUAUUCUGUUGUCUCCUGUGGAUUACACACAACAAUCAUAUUUUGCGAAUUACAAGCCGAUUGAUCCUUUAGAAGGGAUGCUGCACUGUAAACUUGAACCAAUCGUUCGAAGAAGUCGAUAAUCAAUUUUAAGACUACCAAAACUAUUUCAAGGCUGGUAAAUUAAAGCUUUUUUUUAAUCCUUGCCAAAGAUAUUCGAACAAACAAAAAAAAGCUAGCUUUCAUUCUAACAAUUGUGGAACAUUAUUUAACAACUGUUUUGUUGUUCUAAACAAAUUAAUUUUGUCUACAAUACUCCAUGAUUUUAUCGGCUUCUUCCUUCAUUUGGUUCUCCAACGAAGAUUAUUAUUACUUUUGUAAUAUUUUUUGAGAACUUCGUGAGAUAUGAUUCUCAUUGUUGAUAAUGUCUGUUAUUAUUUUUUUCUUAGACUAUACACACGACCUUCAGAGAAGAAAGCGGUACAUCUUUUUUUUUAAACCUGUAGCACAAUCCCCAUCCGCACUAGUGUUCUAUGAUAAUUAAGCCGUUAUAUUGCUCCAGUUUAAGAGUUUAUUCCUAACGGAUUUUUUGCGCUAAGGGAUACGUGGAAAAUGCUUUUCGCACUCUGUCAUAUUUUUAUAUCUACUUUUGUAGCACUUGUUCAAUUGCGGAGUGGAUGAUUGGUUUUCGACUUUCGAUGCAACCGACAUCCAUCAACAACACGAUUAUUUAUUUCUCGCAGUGUACUUUACAGUCUGGUGUAAAAAAAGGUGAGGAAUUUUAACAAUAAUUUUAAAUUCGAUAAAUUUAAUUAGUUUUGAUACAACGGAUAUAUAUCAUGCAUGGAAAUGAAAAAUAAUGAAGUGUAAGUGUAUAUAGUUAGUGUUUGUAGAUAUAUUUUUCAAUCCUUUUAAUCAAUAUUUUUUAUUGUAAAUUACAACCUAGAGCGUUAUUUAAAAUCUUGAAAAUUACUGAUUGAAACUUAUUUGAGAAAGAACUGUAUAAAUGAUUUAUUAUGAAAUUGGUAAGAAUAAAUACUGUAAAGAGUACACCAGUGCGAGAAAUGAAGUUCGUAAUGGCCUUUUGAAAGCAUUUUCGAUAUUUGUGAACAUUAAGCAGGCUGCAGAUCUGAAAAUAAUAUUUCUUAGUCUGG